AUGAGUAUUGCAGCAGCAUGCUCAGUCUUGGGUCACAUUUUGAAGAGCCACCGUGAUGGCCUUCAAGCCACAUCUCUUCCGCCGGUCGAAGAUAUGAAGAAAGUAAUUCGAUCCACCCGUUCAUUGAUGAAACAAGAAAAAACAAUUCUUUACAUCGACGGCGAGUACGAGGUUGUGGGAGAUAUUCACGGAGACCUUACAAGCUUAAUGACGAUUUUCGAGAAGAAAGGAUACCCUAACAUCACAAAAUACAUCUUUUUAGGGGAUUAUGUUGACCGCGGACCAAACUCAAUCGAAGUCGUACUUUUGCUUUUUGCAUUAAAAAUCCUCACUCCAAGCAGGAUCUACCUUAUCAGAGGAAAUCACGAGUGCUCAGCAGUAUCAAAGAAGUAUAACUUCAGAAACGAUUGCGUCUGCCACGUUGACAUGCCUUUCUUCAAGAGCAUCAUCAAAGCCUUUAAUGUCAUGCCUCUCGGCGCAGUUGUCAACCAUGACAUCUUCUGUGUCCACGGAGGAAUUCCACAAACAGAUAUGUCACUUGAGGAGAUUUCUCAAGUUAAGCGACCAUUCCCCUUAGAAUACAAAAAUAUCCAAGAACAGAUGCUUUGGUCCGAUCCCAAACAGAAUCUCUUAUAUGACGACUUCGAAUACAACACAGCAAGAAGGGCUGGCCUCUACUUCGGUAAGAAGGCUCUUGCUUCCUUCUUCGAGAAGAACGGCGUCACUUACCUGAUUCGCGGCCAUGAAGUUUGCCAAGAGGGAUACGAACUUCCAUUUGGUUCUGAGUGCAAUUGUGUCACAGUUUUUAGCUCCGUUAAUCACCAAACGGGCAAUCUUGGCGCUACAAUCACUAUCGGAGAAGAUAAGUCAGUAUCGCUCUGCCAAUUCGAAAAUGAUAGCGAUGAUCAUAUCGAAACGACAGGUUUCAUCGAUUCGACUUUCAAAGAGUUCAAUUAUUCAAUCUCAUCAUCUCCGGUAGAGAUAAGUGCUUAA